AAAAAAAGGAGCUUGGUUGGACUAGUGAUUGGACUCCGAAGUUGUCGUCUCCAUCUUGACUCCUCAGCUAGCGUAAGUGAGCUGUGAACGAAAAACGAAGGUCAUUGGGAUUGAUAAUUGGAACAGCAAUGGCCGUGGUUGCUUCUGCUCCUGGGAAGGUUUUGAUGACAGGUGGAUACCUAAUUUUGGACAGGCCUAAUGCUGGGAUUGUGCUGAGUACAAAUGCUCGAUUUUAUGCUAUUGUGAAACCACUUUAUGAGGAAGUUAAACCUGAAAGUUGGGCAUGGGCAUGGACGGAUGUAAAAUUGACAUCUCCUCAGAUGGGAAGGGAAACUAUGUAUAAACUGUCGCUUAAGCAUAUUCUGCUUCAGCCCAUCUCUGGAAGUGACUCGAGGAACCCAUUUGUAGAAAAUGCUCUGCAGUAUGUAAUUGCAGCAGCUUAUGCCACGUUUGAUCAAGAGAAGAAGGUUGAGUUACGGAAGCUUUUGUUGUUAGGUCUCGACAUUACAAUAUUAGGUUGCAAUGAAUUUUAUUCGUAUAGAAAUCAGAUUGAAGCACGAGGACUUCCCUUGACGCCUGAAUCAUUGGCUUCCCUUCCACCUUUUACUUCCAUUACUUUCAAUGCAGAAGAGUCGUCUGGCCAAAAUUGCAAGCCGGAGGUUGCGAAAACUGGACUGGGCUCAUCAGCAGCCAUGACUACAGCUGUUGUAGCUGCUUUACUUCAUUACCUUGGAGUAGUUAAUGUACCCUCUUCCAAUCAUCAUCGUCAAGGAAAUGAAUGUGCUAGGGAACUGGAUGUUGUUCAUAUCAUAGCCCAAACUGCUCACUGCAUUGCACAGGGUAAAGUAGGCAGCGGUUUUGAUGUUAGUUCUGCUGUUUACGGUAGCCAGAGAUAUGUUAGAUUUUCUCCGGGAGUACUUUCUGCUGCCCAGGGCGCUGGUCGACUAUUGCCUAUAGAGGAGACCAUAGGCGGUGUGCUAACGGCGAAUUGGGAUCAUGAAAGGACUAGCUUUUCAUUACCUCCAAUGAUGACUCUAUUACUCGGAGAACCAGGGACAGGUGGCUCAUCGACACCGUCAAUGGUUGGUGCAGUGAAAAAGUGGCAAAAGGAUGACCCUCAAAACUCUGGGGAAACAUGGAAGAAGUUGUCACAAGCAAACUCGGCGCUCGAGUCUUACCUCAAAACCUUAAGCAAUUUGGCGAAGAGUAACUACAAUGCGUAUAUAAGGGCCAUCGAUACCUGCAGCAAACUAACAUCAGAUAAGUGGAGGGAAGGAACCGGCGAACCAAACCAGACUGAAAUAGGUUCGGCGCUAUUAGGAGCCAGAGAUGCCAUGCUCGAAAUCAGACGUAACAUGCAGAAGAUGGGGGAAGCUGCCGGUAUUCCUAUCGAACCUGAGUCGCAAACUCAACUGCUGGAUGCCACAAUGGCCACCGAAGGAGUCCUCUUGGCCGGGGUUCCUGGUGCAGGCGGAUUUGAUGCUGUCUUCGCCAUUUCUUUGGGUGAUGCAAGCAGCCAUUUAAUUAAACUUUGGAGAGCACGAAACGUUCUCGCGUUGCUUGUGAGAGAAGAUCCUCGCGGGGUUUGCUUAGAGACCAGUGAUCCGCGGGCAACAGAAAUCACAGGUGCUGUUUCUUCGAUUCACAUUCAUUGAAGGUUGAGGUACAGAACUUUUAUCCUCCCACAUUCGAAUAUUUGUUGUAAUCUUGACAAAUAAACACAUACUCACCAAUAAUCUUUACAAGAGCAGCUUCCAUCUCUGAAAUGGUGGAAGAUGUUCCUAUCACGAACGACGAUUUCUCGUUCGUAAAUCACCGAUAUGAGUUUUGUAUACUUAUGACAAUCACUGCACAUCCUAACAUUCCUUGCUAUUC